AUGCAAACUCAAACUAUGAUUAUAGUAAGUUUUAUAUGGAUUCUAGCAAGUAUUUCUUAUUGUAGUGGAGAUACAUGCUAUUGCAGUUGCUGUGCCGGUAAUCUUUGUUCACCAACUUUACAAGACACUAUUAUCAUUCCAUCAUGUGGUUCAUCUUGCGAAUCGGAAUGCCAAAGCAAAUAUCCAACACAAUGUACAAGUGGACCCGGUAAUGCCAGUUAUCAAUGUACGAGUGGUGGAGGUGGCGGUGGCAGUGAAACUCCUAAUUGGACUGGUACAUUUGUUGUACAAAACAGAUGUGACAAAAUUUCCUGUUGUUGUCCUGCUAACGGGAUAAUUCUUUCAUCUGCAACUGCGGAUACACUGCGCAUUCAAAGUCAAUUUACAUGUCCUGAUGCAACAUUUUCGCUUAACGACAUCAUUCCGACUCCUAGUGGUUUCAGUACCACGCUAUUAUUUGCUGGAGAUCCAAUUCAUGUUACAAUCAGUCAAGACAGUCGUACGAUUCAAUUGAACAAUGCAGUAUCUCCUGAAUGUAGCGAAGUUGUUGUACGAAAUGAACUUCAACCGACCUCAACAAUGGAAGGUCAAUCGAUCUCAACGAUUGGAGGUCAAUCGAACUCAACAAUUGAAGGUCAAUCGAUCUCAACAACUGGAGGUCAAUCGAUCUCAACGAUUGGAGGUUCAUCCAGUGCUACCAUCAAUUUGACAUUCGUUCCUCUGUUGGUUGGAUUGAUAAUCAUCAAACUAUUUAUCAACUGCACAGCUUUCAGAAUGUUUUUUUAUUUGUUCUAA